AUGAGGGGUCAGAAAGAUUAUGCCAAGCGGCUGGGGCAAGUGAUGUUGUCAGGAAAGGCCACAGCCGACCCCUUCCCAAAAGUAGAGAUCGGCGAGGCCGACCGGGGAAAAGUAGCCACCCCACAUGAUGAUCCACUGGUAAUCGAGUUGAAGGUUGCCAAUCUGAGGGUUAGGCGCAUCCUGGUUGAUACAUGGAGUUUGUCAGAUAUAAUUAGCCUUGAGUGUUUAAACCGACUGCAGCAUGAUUCCUCAAAAAUAGAGAAAAUUCACUAUCCUAUUAUAGGCUUUGGAGUUAGUAUCAUCCAUCCAGUCGGCAUCAUUUCUCUCCCUCUGCGGAUGGGAAAUAAGAAAGAGUCUCUUCAAAUGGACUUUGUCUGUGAUGAUGGGAUCGUCAGCACCAUACAUGGUGAUCAGCAGCAAGCUAGAGACUGCUAUUUAACCACGCUGAGUCCAGAGGCAUGGGGGUCAGGUGAAGAGAAAGAUGUGUUAGGUAAUAAACGAAAGUGCGACAGCACACAAUCCAAAUCCCUGAAAGAAACACUAACUAUAUCAGCGACACACAUGGAAGAAAGACGACCAAAGCCUGUUAGGGCUCAUUACAAUGUGGUGUUGAAUGCAGAUAAGCCAGAUAGAGUGAUGCCCGGCAUUGAUCCUGCUGUGGCCGUCCAUAAGCUCAAUGUGGACCAAAAUUUCAAACCGGUCCGUCAGAAGAAAAGGAACCAUGGGGAAGAUAGAAAUCAGGCGGCGACGGCAGAAGUGAAAAAGUUGAUGGAUGCAGGGUUUGUUCGACCUAGCCAAUAUCCGGACUGGGUUGCUAAUGUGGUCCUUGUUCCAAAACCAAACGACACCUGGAGGAUGUGUUUUGACUACACCAACCUCAACAAGGCAUGUCCAAAAGACAGCUUCCCAUUGCCAAAGAUCGACCGGCUUGUCGACUCCACGGCGGGGUUGUGA